AUGAGCGCAGCUGAUGCCGCUGACGUGGAGCUGGGCUUAGACGAGGAUGCUCCCAAACAGGCAUCCAUGUGUUGGCUCAACCUGACGUCGAGUUUGCGGCGACAGAUUCGACGUCACUGCGUCACCCGCUAUUUGGUCGGAGCCGGUGUGGCAAGUUGCGCAGCUUGCUGGUGCAUAAGUUACAGAAGUUCAAUCGUGAAGGUGGACGAGGUUUACGAGGCAGGUGUUCAGUUCAGAAACAGCAGCAGGGGCAUGAAGGGUACCAGAAUCAAUGCCGCCGUGCCAAAUCACACCAUUUCUGCAGAUGAUCGGACAUUGAGCAAGAUCUCCGAAGUUGGUUUUGUGGCACUUGCUGCUCUCUUCUUUUCAUAUCGGCAAGUUGUGGAAGCGCGGCGUGCGAAUGAAGAAGCGCGCAAGGCAAGCCCUGAGUACAAGAUCGAGCAAGCUGUAGACAAGUUCAUGCAAAAGUUCCAGCCAACACUGUCCCAAAGUCAUAUCGUUUGGCGUCCCGUUAUCGACAGUAUCCGCUGCCGGAUACAAAAUUGGGAGCAAGAUGCCACUCUGGUCAGUGGUCGCCAUGGUGCUGGCAAGACCGUGGCAGUUCAAGAAGCUCUUCGUGAUAUGCGAGGCGCUUUCCAGUUCAACGUCAACGUUGCUGGAUGGGAUAAAGUCCUUUACGAGGAGCUCGGCAUCGAAACCAAAUCCAUGUUCAAAAAUGUCCUAGACGUUGCCGGCGCCAAGCUGCAGAAUUUGAAUGGCAACCUGACCAAGACUCCUAUUUUGCUUCUCGACGUUCCUCGCGAAACCACCGGAGGUGGAGAUGCCAUGAAGUUGGUGUCCACGACUGCAAAGGAGCUCGCCACGGACUCCAAGAAAGCGCAUGUGCUGAUUUGCUGCUCCUCUGCCGGCAUCGGCGUUGGCAUUUAA